CACAAGCUUGUGUUUUACUAUUCAUCCAAAGGUUUCCUAAACUUGACAAUGUAGCCAUCUGCCUUAUAAAUUAAUGCCGAUCGCACACAUGGGCAACUCCAUUGACUCCAUGGGCACUGUUGUCUUAAACUGCUAGAAUGACUGAUUGGGUUGGAUAUGGGUAUGCAGCACUCAUUGCAUCCGGAGGAGUGAUGGGCUAUGUCAAAGCGCGCAGUGUCCCCUCCUUGGCGGCAGGUCUUCUCUUCGGCAGCUUAGCUGGGGUUGGUGCCUACCAGAUAUCACAAGAUCCUACAAAUAUUUGGGUGUCUCUAGUCACAUCAGGAGCCCUGGCAGGUGUGAUGGGAAAGAGAUUCUAUGGUUCCAGGAAGAUGAUGCCUGCUGGAAUGAUGGCAGCAGCAAGUCUACUUAUGGUGGGGAAGCUGGGUGUUGGAAUGCUGCUGCAGAAGCCCCAGGAGUCAUAAUGCACUGAAAUGAAGAAGACGUUCACAGACACCGAUGUCAAAAUCACUACCCUCUCGUGCUUUUCUACGGUCUUAUAUCGUUCACCAAGAAUAUCAGUCAGAUAUGUGAAUGUUAUUUUGGAAAAAUGUAUAAUUGAACACUGAUUUAUGAAAUGACAAGGACUGUCAUGUGUUUUUGUUCAUAUUGUUACGCAGAUUUGUCAUUACGUUACAAGAGAUAAAUGAACCGUGAAGUUGCAUAUAAGGUU